UUUCUCUCUCGUUUUUUCUCACGUAAACCUUCACGCACAUUCUGCAACUUCGAAGUCGCGAAAGUCAAAAUUACAAUAGAUGCAAAAGUGACAAAAUAAGUUCGUUUCAAUAAUUCAUGCUCUGAGUUAUUACUUUAAGUAAAAAAAUCAGCUCUACAUGGAAACGUUAAAAGUUAUGCCCAAAUCACUAUCUGCCGAAAGUAAACAUUCCAGUAGGGAAAAUUCUCCUAACAGGCACGCUCAUAAUGAAUCACCAGAAGUGCAUAAAACUGUACGGAGCGACGAUAGUCCUGCCCAACGACAUAAUAACGACCAUAAACUACGAGAUAGAGAAGAAUCGAUACUUACAAAUGAAAAUUCAUCUGUAGCUGAUGAUGUAAAAGAUAAUGACGAGACGUACAUUGCGGCAUCACAGCUGGACGAAAAUGAUGGAAAUUUGACAACAAUAUCGCAGUUGAGUAAUGAUUCAUCAGACAUCAAGCAUUUAUACAAAAGCCAUCAUAGAACAAGCAGCUCACUUGCUUACAAUCGCAUCACUACCAAAAUAGCAUGCACUAAAGAAUCUAUCAAGAAGGAACAGACUACUCGAGAUGCAAAUGUCAACGAGUACUUAAAACUCGCUGCGAAUGCUGAUAAGCAACAACUGCAACGGAUAAAAGCUGUUUUCGAGAAAAAGAAUCAGAAAAGUGCACAUAAUAUAUCUCUAUUGCAGAAAAAACUUGAAUCUUACAGCAAAAGAUACAAAGACAUGCAAUAUCAUCAAAAUCAAAAACAACAAAGCAUUCGCCAACCAAGAGAAAUGUUACGAGACGUAGGGCAAGGACUGCGUAAUGUUGGAGGAAACAUACGUGAUGGAGUAUCUGGUCUUUCCGCUACAGUUAUGUCUAAGCCACGAGAAUUUGCUCAUCUAAUCAAGAAUAAAUUUGGUAGCGCCGACAAUAUUAACCAACUGUCAUCCACAUGGUACGCAGAUCACAACAUAAUGGAAAUCAAUCGCGACUUGAAUUCAUCCCACAUCGAGGACAACGUAUCUUUUCGCUACGAAAAUGUCCUUAAUUCGACCCUAGGAAUGGGAGGAGAAUCAGAUACGAUUGGUAUAUCUAGCCCAGGUAUAAUAGGAGACCUUGAAGGAAAGUACAGUGAGCAAGGUAGCGACUGUAGCAGCGUUACAAGUGAUAGCAUUCCGUUGAGUUCCGGAAAACAUCGUGUUAUUCGAAAUCUUCGUUGCGCUAACAGCAAAGCAAUUAAUGAUGUUCGUGACGAUUAUGAUCGCUUGAAAAGGAAAUUAGAUGGAUUAGAGACUUUGAAUAAAGAUGUCACUGAGUUAUCCAUGUUACUAGAAACGGAAAGAUACCGAGCGGAGAGGUUAGAAGAGCAAUUAAAUGACUUAACGGAACUUCACCAGAACGAAAUCGAAAAUUUAAAACAAGCCAUAGCAGAUUUAGAAGAGAAAGUUCAAUAUCAAAGUGAUGAAAGAUUGCGAGACGUUUAUGAGAUAAUGGAGAAUUGUCAGACUAGGAUAUCUAAAAUAGAACAUCUGUCGCAACAACAGUAUGUGACUGUAGAAGGAAUCGAUAAUUCUAAUGCAAGGGCAGUUGUUGUUAAAUUAAUAAACGUUGUUUUAACAGUUCUACAAGUGAUACUUCUGCUUGUGGCAACGGCUGCUGGAAUAACUAUGCCUUUUCUCAAAACGAGUGUAGCGAAUAAGUCUCGCGAUAGGGGAAAUAUUGAGUGCCAAAUACUCCUUAGGAUCGCCUGUUUAUUAUUCAUAAUAUAACACUUUCCGGUAAGUUUCUCUGGAUUAUUUAUUGGUGCAAUAUUGAUAAUUGUUUAAUUUUUUUUAACUCUUUCCAGAGAAUCUCAGUGGGAAACCAUUUCAAGUAUUUGUACAAGAAGGAGGAUUAUGUCGUGGAAAUUGCAGUGAUGCUGCGGCGUUUAACAUUUGGAAUUAGAGGUAGUGAAAUAAAGAAAACUAAACAAUAUAUGUAGUACACAUUUUCUCAUAAUUCUGGCAAAAUCUAAUAUCACAACUGUUCCAACUAGUUUGAGUGAAAAUCCUUAUGAAAAUCACUUCAUUGGGUUAUCUCUCAAAUUAGUUGGAAUGGUUGUGAUAUUAGUUUUUGCCAGAAUGUUUAAAAAUAAUAAUCCAGAAGUGAAAAACUCCCAUAUGAACAAUUUUUGGUUUCGUAAUUAUUUUCAUUUAUUUUGCAUCCGCUUUAUUGGAUGACUUUUGAAUGACCAUCAUCUUUUCCUAUAUUUGUUUUGAUUUUGAAUUGUAUGAGUAUAAUGCUAGCUUUGAAUGAUUUUUAUAUCUCUUGUUUUGAUUCUGUCAAAUCGGCAAGUGAAUGAUGGCCUUCUUCAAAUCAUCUUAUAUUAGGCAUGGGGCUCGGAUGAGGCAAUUUUCAUACAAUUUUUGGCGGGGAUUUUUGUUCAGUGUAUGUUUACAUUAUAAUCAAACGAAAACUCGGUAACAGAAUGUCAAUUACUGGAAGUCGGUUCUUACUAUUACUGACUUUUGACUGUGUUCGGUGUAGUAUCAAUAUUACUGUACAUUCAGUUCUUUCGACUACCGUACUCAGCAAAGAAAUCGAAAAUAUCACUGAAUGUCGUCACAGCAUCACAAACAAUACUGAGUAGUCGUUAUUUUUGUGAUAUACAAUAAAAACCUGGUUAAAAAAGUUACCGAAUAUCUAAUUCUAGAAUAAGUGUGUAGCAACGCGGAUCUUCUUUUUCUUCAUUCUUCUUGUCGUCGGACAUCGUUGCACACCCCGAAAUGGUCCGGAUUGAUCGGAAUCACACAAAGUUCUUAAUUCUUCUUAACUUUUGAAAAUAGGGAAAAUUCAAACGCGGAAAAUUUCGUGACAGGCACAAAUUUGCGACCUGCCACCGUCACAGCACACUGCGAUCCUCCAUUUAUGAUGAAAUGUUUACAAUGACGACAUUAAUACUUUUAAAAAUUUUCCAUGAUUGAAAAAGUUGUGCAAAAAGUUAUUUUAGUUCUUGUUAAUCUUGACUGUAGAUUUUAUCAUUAUUUUGAAACAUUUGGUCUUAUCGAAGUAAGAUUGAAAACAUGAUUCCAAGUCGAAGUCCUAUUUUUUCAAGAAGUGGAUUUAAUACUCUCCACAAAAUCUUUCGUUUUGUUAAACAUUCAUACAAUUGGGGGUAUUUAACAAUUUUAAGCAAAUAUUUUGUUUGUUAUAUAAAACAUCCUCCUUGCGGCAGUAGCUACAGUUUUUUUCUGUAGUUUGAUACCGUAAAUUGCGGUGUAGUUGAUCAGUGGGGUCAACCUGAUCACACAAUUACCCACGGAUUUCGACUUUCAAAGAAGUUUCCAUUACAUUUUAUUGUUACGUCAUUGGAUUGCAAAUGAAUGAAAUAUAAUUGUUGCUUCUUUGAAAGUCGAUAUCAGCGGGUAAUUGAGUGCUCAGAUUCACCCCACUGAUCAACUACACCCCCAUAACUACCAAUAAAUGAUUCGCUACUACAAAUGACUCACAAUCGUGUAGAAUUUCCGAUUUUCAAUGUUUUCAAUGGUCAAACUGAGGUCUUUGAAGGUAUUGAAGUGCAAGAUAUACUUGUCGAAAUUCUCCAAGAAAUCUAUGAUUUUCCAAUACACUGAAACCUCUUUUUAUGCACAUGGCUGGAACUGCAUAAAUUAAAAAUGUGCAUAAAUUAAAAAAGGCAUAAAAAGAGGGAAAUUUAUGCAUAAAUUAAGUUUGGGCUUUAAGGCGAAACUGGAAGCAUUUUCUCACUUUUUGGUUUUUGAUUUUUUAUUACAUUACGAAGCAAAAUUUUCAAAAUCGGUUUUCGUGCACAUGUUGAGUAUGGAUCAAGGUAUCCUCUGAUUUUUUUUGUAUGUGAAAAUAUUUUUCGUUUUUGCAGAAACCAUUUUUGAACAAAAUUUCACAAAAAAAUGGUUUUUGCAAAAAUGGAAAACAUUUUCCACCUCAAAAAAAUUUAGAAAAUACCUUGAUCCAUACAUGUGCACGAAAACCGAUUUUGAAAAUAUUGCUUCGUUAUUUAAUAAAAAAUCAAAAACCGAAAAAAAUGAGAAAAUGCUUCCAGUUUCACCUUAAUUAGAAAAUCUAGUUUGCGAGAACAGAUCUUGCUCCUGGGCAGUUGAGGUGGGGCUAAGGGAGUUUCCAGAAUGUUCCCAGAGAGCCCAAAAAGGGGGUUCCAAGGGGCUUCAGGGGCGUUUUAAGGGGUUGUUCCAGAGGAUUUAAGGAGCCUUACAAGGGUGUUCUGUCAAGUUUUUUUGGUGUUUUUAUAGGAUUACGGAGAAUUCUGAGGUAUUUCAAUAGUAUUAAGUGGAUUUCAGUGGCGUUCCAAGGGCCUUUAGGGGCAAUUCAAGGGAUCUCAGAAGACUUUAAAGGGCGUUUCAUAAGGUUUGAGGGGCGAUUUAAGGUAUUUCAGAGUCUGCAACUUUCUGAAAUGCCUCAAAAAUCCCUCUUGAACCUGAAAUGUCUUCAAAAUCCCCUUUAGACUCCAUCGGACACCAUGUAACGCACCUGAGGGGCUCCACACCCUCCGAAAACUCCUCCGUAACGCCUCUUAAUUCUGCAGAAAAUGCUCUGAAACGUCUUAAAAUGCCUCCAAAAUCCCCCUUAAACCCCCUCGGACCCCAUGUAACGCACCUGAGAGGCUCCGAACCCCACGAAAACACCUCGUAACGCUUAAGUAACGCCUCUGCAUCCCGCCAAAAUGCUCUGAAACGUCUUGAAAUGCUUCCAAAAUCCACCUUAAACCCCCCCUGGACCCCAUGUAACGCACCUGAGAGGCUCCAAACACCCCGAAAACUCCUCCGUAACGCUUCCUUAACGCCUCUGAAUCACGCCGAAAAUGGUCUGAAACAUUUUGAAAUCCCUCCAAAAUCCCCCUUAAGGGGAAGCUUACCGGGCGGGCCGGUAAAACCCGACUUCGGCGCACGUUUCGAUUUUUUUAAAAUUAACGAAAAGUGAUAUCGAAAUAUAAAACAAAUCACGCUGUAGCUGAGAUGUUGGGCUUCAUUUUCAUAAAAAAAUAUUUGAUUUUACUCAAAAUUUGAAAAAGUUGGACUCUCGAGAACACCAAAAUUUUUGGUAGGAAAACCGCUCCCAUGCCGCAAAUUUUUGUGUUUGUACAACGAUUUCUCCCGUAAAAAUGUGUUUUAUCAUAUAACUAUGUACGGUCAUUUUGCUCAGAAACUAAUAACGAGUCGAAUGGUAUAUAAAUAUCAGGGGGUUUCAUACAAAAAUCUACAUUGAGAGGCAUUUGUAUGAAAACAUUUCCAAAAUUAUUGCGCGCCACCGCGAUCGAACAGCAGCUAACGGUUUCUUGGCUGGCCUGCGGUGGGCACCCGUGCGGAUGAUGCAGCGAAACAAAGCAGCAGAUUUGCCUCACUGACGUUGAUCCGGUAAAAUAGUUGGACACAAAUUGAUUUCAGAAAAAAAUAUGUAACUGAUUGCAUGUUGGUUAAUGCACGUGCAGUACACGGAUGAUUUUGUAAUAGAAAUAAUGCAUCUAGACAAAUAAACAAUCAUUACUCAAACAUGGUGUUUCAGGAAUGGUACUCGUAUUUAUAUUGCAGUACAAUAUAGAAAAAAAAAACAUUUUUAUUAUUGAGUAAGCUGAGAAAGGAAUGCGCGAUUGAUGAAAAAAAAACGCGAUAUCUCGCGUAAUUCGUGAUAAGGGCCUAAAAGCCAUUGGUAACCAAGUGUGUAGCACGAUGCUACCGAGUAGAUAAAUGAAUAAACAAAAAUUUAAACGCCAGCUUGAUCAAGAGGAGACUGUCCUCUAUCUGCCAAUAGGUUAAAUUUUGAUGUUUACCUGCUGUUUAUGUGCAGAAAACAACGAGCUACACACAUGGUUACCAAUAGUUUUUAGGGCGAGAUCAUAAGUUACACGAGUUAUGAUGAUAAGUUCAGCUGAGGAUCAUUUUGAGGAAUAUAAAUAGAAUUGAAGAAAUCUCGCAGCGGUAAACGCGCGGUUAACCAAUAUUUAGAAGGACCAUGCUGAAAGUACUGGAUUCGAUUUCCGAACGGUCCAGGAUCUUUUUUGUGAUUAUUUGUGAUUUUUUGUGAUUAUUUAGGAAUUCUAAUGAAUAUUUGAGCCUGCUGAGCUUAUUCGAGGAUUCUUGAAGAGUUUUAGAGUAUUCCUCGAUAUUUUGUUAUUAUUUAGGAACUUUAAUGAAUAUUUGAGUACACUGAGCUUGCUCGAGAAUUCUAGAAGAAUUUGAGAAUAUUCCUCGACUUUUUGUGAUUAUUUAGGAAUUCUAAUGAAUAUUUGAGCCUGCUCGAAUAAGGUUUCUUGAAGAAUGUUAGAAGUUUUCAGGGCCGGAUCUUAGGGGGGGGGGGGGGGGUGGCCGGGCCCCGGGCCGCCACAUUUUAAGGGACCCCACAAAAACUUUUUUUGGUUGCUAACAUUAGCUUUAUUUUUCAUAUUGCUCAAGUACUGUUGGAAAAUAAGGAAAAACAUUUUUGGUCACCUCUCAGCAGGGCCUCCACAUCCGCUCGGGCCCGGGCCCCCAUAAUCCUUAAUCCGGGCCUGGGAGUUUUCCUCGAUUUUACGAUAACUGAAAAAUUCAGAUGAAUAUUUGAGUUCACUGAGAAUGUUUGAGGAUUCUUGAAGAGUUUUAGAGUAUUCCUCGAUAUUUUGUGAUUAUUUAGGAACUCUUCUGAAUAUUUGAGUACACUGAGCUUGCUCGAGGAUUCUUGAAGAGUUUUAGAGUAUUCCUCGAUUUUUUGUGAUUAUUUAGGAAUUCUAAUGAAUAUUUGAGUUCACUGAGCUUGUUCGAGGAUUCUUGAAGAGUUUUAGAGUAUUCCCCGAUAUUUUGUGAUUAUUUCGAAAUUCUAAUGAAUAUUUGAGUACACUGAGCUUGCUCGAGAAUUCUUGAAGAAUUUGAGAAUAUUCCUCGACUUUUUGUGAUUAUUUAGGAAUACUAAUGAAUAUUUGAGCCUGCUGAGCUUAUUCGAGGAUUCUUGAAGAAUGUUAGGAGUUUUCCUCGAUUUUACGAUAAUUGAAAAAUUCAGAUGAAUAUUUGAGUUCACUGUGCUUGCUCGAGGAUUCUUGAAGAGUUUUAGAGUAUUCCUCGAUAUUUUGUGAUUAUUUAGGAAUUCUAAUGAAUAUUUGAGCCUGCUGAGCUUGUUCGAGGAUUCUUGAAGAAUGUUAGGAGUUUUCCUCGAUUUUACGACAGCUGAGAAAUUCUGAUGAAUAUUUGAGUGCACUGAGCUUGCUCGAGAAUUUUUGAAGAGUUUGCGAAUAUUCCUCGACUUUUUGUGAUUAUUUAGGAAUACUAAUGAAUAUUUGAGCCAAAGGAAAUUCCUAAAGGAAAUUCCUAAAGGAAAUUCCUAAAGGAAAUUCCUAAAGGAAACUCCUAAAAAGAAAUUCCGAAAGGAAAUUCGUAAGGGAAAUUCCGAAAGGAAAUUCGUGAGGGAAAUUCCGAAAGGAAAUUCGUAAGGAAAAUUCCGAAAGCAAAUUCCUUAAAGAAAUUCCGAAAGGAAAUUCCUAAAGGAAAUUCCGAAAGGAAAUUCCUAAAGGAAAUUCCAAAAGGAAAUUCCUAAAGGAAGUUCCGAAAGGAAAAUCCUUUAAAAAGUUUCGAAAGGAAAUUCCUAAAGGAAAUUCCAAAAGAAAAUUCCUAAACGAAAUUACGAAAGGAAAUUCCUAAAGGAAAUUCCUAAAGGAAAUUCCUAAAGGAAAUUCUUAAAGGAAAUUCCUAAAGGAAAUUCCUAAAGGAAAUUCCUUGAGGAAAUUUCUAAAGGAAAUUCCUAAAGGAAAUUCCUAAAGGAAAUUCCGAAAGGAAGCUCCUAAGGGAAAUUCCGAAAGGAAAUUCCUAAAGGAAAUCCCGAAAGGAAACUGCUAAAGGAAAUUACGAAAGGAAAUUCCGAAAGGAAACUCCUAAAGGAAAUUCCGAAAGGAAAUUCCUAAAGGAAAUUCCGAAAGCAAAUUCCUAAAGGAAAUUCCGAAAGGAAAUUCCUUAAGGAAAUUCCGAAAGGAAAUUCCUAAGGAAAUUUCGAAAGGAAAUUCCUAAGGAAAUUCCUAAAGGAAAUUCCUAAAAGAAAUUCCUAAAGGAAAUUCCGAAAGGAAAUUCCUAAAGGAUAUUCUGAAAGGAAAUUCCUAAAGGAAAUUCCGAAGGAAAUUCCUAAAGGAAAUUCCUAAAAGAAAUUACUAAAGGAAAUUCCUAAAGGACAUUCCUAAAGGAAAUUCCGAAAGAAAAUUCCUAAAGGAAAUCCCUAAAGAAAAUUCCUAAAGUUCGCUCCUAAAGAAAAUUCCUAAAGGAAAUUCGUAAGGGAAAUUCCGAAAGGAAAUUCGUAAAUAAUAUUCGCAAAAAAAAAUCUUGGAAAUAAGUUUCUGAAGGAAAUUCCUGAACAAAAUCCUUAAAGAAAACUCCCAAAGAAAAUUCCUGAAGAAAAUUCCUAAAGAAAAUUCCUGAAGGAAAUUCCUGAAGGAAAUUCCUAAAGAAAAUACCUAAAGGAAAUUUCUAAAGGAAAAUCCUAAAGGAAAUUUCUAAAGUAAAUUCUUAAAGAAAAAUCCUAAAGGAAAAUCCUAAACGAAAAAACCUAAAGGAAAUUCCUAAAGGAAAUUCCUAAAGAAAAUUCCUGAAGGAAAUUCCUAAAGGACAUUCCUAAAGAAAAUUCCUAAAUGACGUUCCUAAAGGAAAUUAGUAAGGGAAAUUCCGAAAGGAAAUCCGUAAAGGAACUUCCGAAAGGAAAUUCGUAACGGAAAUUCCGAAAGGAAAUUCCUAAAGGGAAUUCCGAAAGGAAAUUCCUAAAGGAUAUUCCGAAUGGAAAUUCCUCUGGAAAUUCUGUUGAAUAUUUGAGUUCAAUCAGCUUGCUCGAGGGUUUGUUGAAGUAUUUGUUGAUUUUUAUGAUGACCUGGGAAUUUUGGUGAAUAGUUGAGUUGAAUGAUUUUACUCGAGGGUUCUUGAAGUAUUUUUGAAUUUUUGUUGAUUUUUAUGAUGAUCUGGAAAUUCUGGUGAAUAUUUGAGUUGAAUGAGCUUGCCCGAGGGUUUGUUGAAGUAUUUGUGAAUUUUCAUUGAUUUUUAUGAUGACCUGGGAUUUCUGGUGAAUAUUUAAGUUCAAUGAGCUUGAUCGAGAGUUUGUUGAAGUAUUUGUAAAUAUUUGUUGAUUUUUAUGAUGACCUGGGAAUUCUGGUGAAUAUUUGAGUUCAAUCAUCUUGCUCGAGGGAUCUUGAAGUAUUUGUGAAUAUUUGUUGAUUUUUAUGAUGGCCUGAGAAUUCUGGUGAAUAUUUGAGUUCAAUGAGCUUGCCCGAGGGUUUGUUGAAGUAUUUGUGAAUUUUUAUUGAUUUUUUUGAUGACCUGGGAUUUCUGGUGAAUAUUUGAGUUCAAUCAUCUUGCUCGAGGGUUUGUUGAAGUAUUUGUAAAUAUUUGUUGAUUUUCAUGAUGACCUGGGAAUUCUGGUGAAUAUCUUGCUCGAGGGUUCUUGAAGAAUUUGUGAAUAUUUGUUGAUUUUUAUGACCUGGGGAAUUCUGGUGAAUAUUUGAGUUCAAUGAGCUUGCUCGAGGGUUUGUUGAAGUAUUUGGGAAUAUUUGUUGAUUUUUAUGAUGACCUGGGAAUUCUGGGAAUACUCUAAAACUCUUCAAGAAUCCUAGAGCAAGCUCAGUGUACUCAAAUAUUCAUCUGAAUUUUUCAAUUAUCGUAAAAUCGAGGAAAACUCCUAACAUUCUUCAGGAAUCCUCGAAUAAGCUCAGCAGGCUCAAAUAUUCAUUAGUAUUCCUAAAUAAUCACAAAAAGUCGAGGAAUAUUCUCAAAUUCUUCAAGAAUUCUCGAGCAAGCUCAGUGUACUCAAAUAUUCAUUAGAAUUUCUAAAUAAUCACAAAAUAUCGGGGAAUACUCUAAAACUCUUCAAGAAUCCUCGAACAAUCUCAGUGAACUCAUAUAUUCAUUAGAGUUCCUAAAUAAUCACAAAAUAUCGAGGAAUACUCUAAAACUCUUCAAGAAUCCUCGAGCAAGCUCAGUGAACUCAAAUAUUCAUCUGAAUUUCUCAGCUGUCAGGAAUUUCCUUUCGGAAUUUCCUUUAGGAAUUUCCUUUCGGAAUUUCCUGUAGGAAUUUCCUUUCGGAAUUUCCUUUAGGAAUUUCCUUUCGGAAUUUCCUUUAGGAAUUUCCUUUCUAAACUUUCUUUAGGAAUUUCCUUUUGGAAUUUCCUUUAGGAAUUUUCUUUCGGAAUUACCUACAGGAAUUUCUUUUCGGAAUUUUCUUUAGGAAUUUCCUUUAGGAAUUUCCUUUAGGAAUUUCCUUUCGGAAUUUUCCAUACGAAUUUCCUUUCGGAAAUUCCCUUACGAAUUUCCUUUCGGAAUUUCCCUUACGAAUUUCCUUUAGGAAUUUCCUUUAGGAACGUCCUUUAGGAAUUUUCUAUAGGAAUGUCCUUUAGGAAUUUCAAUGUUACCCCGGAUUACGGUAGUACGAAUUUUUCGGUCAACUAUGCUCAUGCUAAUCUGAUUUUUUUCUGACUAUAGAUCACUCAGGAUUUCCUUAAAAAUAUUUCAGUAGGCCAUCAAUUCCAAGAGAAAUUGCGCAUUUUUGAAAAAUCUGAACCUAAUUCCGUUGCCGUAACGAUAUGGUAGGCUGAUUUUGAAGAAGCUGUUACAUAAUUGCCACUUACCUUUAAAUUUCCAAAGAACACAAUUUUAGGGAUCUUCGCAUAUUGGAUGAUUGUGAUAGGGAUUUCUAAGCUUUUUUUUUUUUCAUGCGCACGCAUGCCAAUUUUAUAUUUGCUUUCAAGGGCGUAGCCAGCUUUUUGGCCAGGGGGAGGCGAGCACCCUUACACUGAAAACCAAAUUACAGUAACAAGGAGUUCAAAUACUUCAUCAUUAAAAAAUAAAUAAAAGUGAAGUAUGAAAUAUGGGUGAUUAACAGGAAUGGUUCAAUGGAAGAAUCAUAUAUGAUUAUAAUCUUGAGGAAUUCCUCAUAUUGCUUCAGGAAUUUCUUAACAAAUGCCAUCAUGAAUUUGAAUUUUUCCAACAGUUUUUCCAGAAAUUUCUCUGUUAUUUUUCCAGGUUAUUUUAAUGUAGAUAUUCCAGCAGAAAUUACCUUCGGAAAACUUGUAGUAAUUCCGUUGGCAAUAUCUUCAGAAAUUUUUAUCAAUAAUUCCUCCAGAAGUUUUAUUACGAAUUUCACCAUGCAUUCUUUUGAAAAUAUCUCCAGUAAUUCUUUACAAAUAUCAUUCUUAAUUCCACCAGAAAUCCGUUUGAGAAGCUCCAGAAAAUACUUUAAGAAUUUCUCCGGGAAUUCUUUCAAAAAAUCCAAUUAAACUAAGAUUCCUUUCCUUGAGGAAUACCCUUAGAAUUUUUUGGAGAAAUUUCUUCGAAAAAUCCUUUAAUGAAUUCCUUAGAAAUUACCGGAAAAAAAUCUUUGAAAAUUUCUAAAGGAAUACCUUCGGAAAUUCCUGGAGGAAUAUCUUUGGAAGUUUUUCGGAAAUUCGGAAAUUUUUAAAGGAAUCAAUUAAAGAAUAAUUUCAGGAAUUUAUUUUAAAAAUCCUUGAAUAAUUCCACCGGAAAUUCCUUGACAAAUUCUUCAGAAAGUUCUUGAGGAAUUCCUUCAUUUCUAAAGCUCCUUGAGAAAUUCCAUAAAACAUUCCAUCGAGAGUUCUUCUACGAUUUCCUUUAGAACAUUCUUCGGGAAUUCCUUGAGGAAUUUCUUUGAAAUAGAUAUAAAAUAUUCCUUGAGGAACUUCUUCGGAGUUUUCGUGAGAAAUUCUUCCGAAAAUUCCUUGAGGAAUACCUUCAAAAAUUCUUGGAGGAAUUCAUCCGGAAAUUUCAGUGAGAAUUCCUUCCCAAAUUCCUGAAGCAAUUCUUUCCACUAAAAGUCUCAUGAGAUAUCCCUUCUGAAAUUCCAUAACUUGUUCCAUAAGGAAUUUCUUUAACAUUAUUUCAAAACUUCCUUGAAAAAAUAUUUCGGAAAUUUCUGAAGAAAUGCUUUUUGUGAUUUUUUAUUUCCUAGGGGAACUCAUUCGGAAAUUCUUUGAAGAAGUCCUUUGAAAAUGCCUUGAUAAGGAAAAUUCGGAAAUUGUUAAAGGAGUUUGCUUGGAAAUUUUUUUGACAUAUGUCUGAAAUGUCUUAUGGAAUACCUUCGGAAAUUUCGUGAGAAAUUGUUUGAUAAGUUCGUUGAGGAUUUUUUUUGUUUUUUUUUAUAAAUCUUUACGAAAUUCCUCAAGUAAUUCCAGCGAAAGAUCCUUGAGAAGUUUCUUCGGAAAUUCCUCAAGAAAUUCCUUCAAAAAUGUAUUGCGGAACUCCUACGAAAACUUGAGAAACUUCUUCAAACAUUCCUUCAGAAACACGUUUGGGGAUUAUGUGAGAAAAUCCUAAGGAAAUUUUUUGAGGACAACCGUCAAAAAUUUUUGAAGGAAUUCAUUCGGAAAUUUUUGGAGGUAUUUCAAGGCAAAUCGAUAAGAAAUUUCUUUGGAAAUUCCGGGAGGGAUUUCUUUGGAAAUUCGUAGAGGGAUUCCUUCGGAAAUUCAGGAGGAAAUCCUUUGAAAAUUCCAGGAGAAAUUCCUUUGAAAAUUCCUGGAGGAAUUCCUACGGAAAUUCCUGGACAAACUCCUCCGGAAACUCAUGGAGGAAUUCUUCUGGAAAAUUCUGGAGGAAUUUCCUCGGAAAUUCUUGGAGGAAUUCCUUCGAGAAUUCGUGGAGGAUUUCCUGCGGGAAUUCCUGGAGGAAUUUCUUCGGAAAUUACUGGAUGAUUCCUUCGGAAAUACCUGGAUAAAUUUCAUCCUGAAAUUUCUGGAGGAAUUCCUUCGGAAAUUAAUGGAGGAAUUCCUUUAGAAAAUCCUUGAACGAUUCCUUCGCAAAAGUCAUGCAGGAAUUCCUUCUGAAAUUUAUGAAGGAACUCCUUCGGAAAUUCGUGAUGGAAUUCCUGGAGAAAGUCUUUCGAAAAUUCCUGGUGGAAUUCCUUCGGAUAUUCAUGAAAGAAUUCCUUCGGAAAUUCCGGCAGGAAAUCCUUUGAAAAUUCCAUGUGAAAUUCCUUUGAAAAUCCCUGGAGCAAUUCCACCAGAAAUUACUGCAGGAAUCCUCUCGGAAAUUCCAGGAGGAAUUCCUUCGGAAAAUGCUGGAAGAUUUCCUUCGGAAAUUCCUGAAGGAAUUCCUUCGGAAAUUUAUGAAGGAAUUCCUUCGGAAAUUCCAGGAGGAGCUCCUUCGGAAAUUGCAGAAGGAAUUUCUUUGAAAAUUCCUGGAGGAUCUCCUUCGGAAAUUCCUGGAGAAUUUCCUCCAGAAAUUUCUGAAGAAACUCAUCAGGAAAUUCAUGGAGGAAUUUUUCAGGAAAUUCCUGGAGGAAUUCCUUUGAAAAUUCGGGGAGGAAUUUCUUCAGAAAUUCGUAAAUGAAUUCUUUCGGAAAAUUUCUGGAGCAAUUCCUUCGGAAAUUCAUGGAGGAACUCCUUUGGAAAAUGCUAUAGGAUGUCCUUCGCAAAAUUCCUGGAGGAAUUCCUUCAGAAAUUCGUGGAGGGAUUCCGUCGGAAAAUUUCUGGAGGAAUUCCUUUGGAAAUUCAUGUAGGAAUUCCUUCGGACAUUCAUGGAGGAAUUCCUUCGGAAGUUCCAGAGGAUAAAAUCUUUAAAAAUUCCAAGAGGAAUUUCUUGGAAAAAUCCCUGAAAGAAUUUCUUCGGAAAUUCUUGGAGGAAUUCUUCCGGAAAUUCCUCGAGGAAUUUCUUCGGAAAUUCGUAGAAGAAUUCCGUCGGAAAAUUUCUGGAGGAAUUCCUUCGGAAAUUAAUGGAGGCAUUCCUUCGGAAAAUCCUUUUGAAAUUCCUUGGCAAAAUUCCUGGAGGAAUUUGUUCGGCAAUUCAUGGAGGAAUUCCUUCGAAAAUUCAUGAAGGGAUUUCUUCGGACAUUCAUGAAGGAAUUCUUUCGGAAAUUCCACGAGGAAAUCCUUUGAAAAUCCCAAGAGGAAUUCCCUUGAAAAUUCCUGGAAGAAUUCCUUUGGAAAUUCCUGGAGGAAUUCCUCCGGAAAUUCCUAGAGCAAUUCCUUCAGAAACUUGUGGAGGAUUUUUUUCCGAAAUUACCUGGAGGAAUUUCUCCGGAAGUUCCUGGAGGAUUUCCCUCGGAAAUUCCUUGAGGAAUUUCCACGGAAAUUCAUGGAGGAAUUCUCUCGGAAAUACAUCGAGGAAUUUAUUCGGAAAAUCCUCCGCAAAAUUCCAGGCGGAAUUAAAUCGGAAAUGCAUGGAAAAAUUCCUUUGGAAAUUUCCAAAGGAAUUUCUCCAGGAAUUUCCGACAGAAUUUCUCCUGUAAUGUCUGAAGGAAUUCUUCCUGGAAUUUCAAAAAAAAAAAUCCUUCCGGAAUUUCCAAAAGAGUUUCUCCAGGAAUUUCCGAAAGAAUUUCCAAAGGAAUUCCUCCAGGAAUUUCCAAUGGAAUUCCUCCGGGAUUUAAAAAAAAAUCCUCCAAGAAUUUCCGAAGGAAUUCCUCCAGGAGUUUCCGAAAUAAUUGAUCCACGAAUUUCAGAAGGAAUCCAUCCAAGAGAUUCCGGAGGGAUUUCUCCUGGAAAUUCCGAAGAAAUUCCCCUAAGAAUUUCAGAAAGAAUUCCUGCAGGAAUUUCCAAAGGAAUUCCUCCAUGAAUCUUCAAACGAAUUCGUCCAGCAGUUUCCGAAGGAAUGCCUCCCGGAAUUUCCGAAAGAAUUCCUCCAGGAAUUUUUGAAGGAAUUCCUAAAGGAAUUCGUAACGGAAUUCCUCCAUGAAUUUUCGAGGGAAUUCCUCUUGGAAUUUCCAAAAAUAAAAUCCAAAAAGACUUUACGAAAGAACACCUCCUGGAAUUUCCAAAGGAAAUCGUCCAGUAAUUUCCGAAGGAAUUCCUCCAGGAAUCAUAAAAAGCAUUCCUCUAAGAAGUUUAGAAUGAUUUUUUUCCAGGAAUGUCCUAAGGAAUUCAUCCAAGGAUUUUCUCAGGAAUUUCUCUACAGAUUUCUGAAAGAAUUCCUCCAGAAAUUUCCGGAGGAAUUCAUCCAAGAUUUUUCGAGGGAACUCCCCAAGGAACUUCCGAAGGUAUUCCUGCAGAAAUUUCCGAAGGAAUUCCUUCAGGAAUUUCCAAACGAAUUCCUUCAGGAAUUUCCGAAGGAAUUCUUCCAGGAAUUUGCGAAGGGAUUCCUACAAGAAUUUUGGAAGGAAUUCCUUCUGGAAUUUUUUAAGGAAUUCCUCCAGGAUUUUUUGAAGGAAUUGCUUCAGGAAUUUCCGAAGCAAUUCCUCCCGGAAUUUCCGAAAGAAUUCAUCCAGGAAUCUCCACAGGAAUUCGUCCACCAAUUUCCGAAGGAAUUCCUCCCGGAAUUUCUGAAAGAAUUCCUCCAGAACUUUCUGAAAGUAUUCAUCCAUGGGCUUCGUGGCCGUGCGGUUAGCGGCGUCAGUUGUCUAGGCGUUUCGUAAGCCUCGGAGUGCGGGUUCGAUUCCCGCUCCAGUCGGGGAAAACUUUUCGUCAAACGGAAAAUUCUCCAUUGGGCCACUGGGUGUUAAGUGUGUUGUUCGUUGUCUCGUGUAUGUAAUAUUCAGUCUGUGCAGCCUCUGGCUGAAGACGGUGUAGUUUUUUUUUUAUUCUUAAUCACUUAACCUAAUUUAUAGCUCUUUUGUCCACUGGGGCACUACGUGAGCAAUUUCAAUUGACAGCUGUACAUUUUGUACAGCGCCUAGAUUCUAUUCUACUUUAUCGAACUGGUUGCCUUUCUGCUGCUUUCACUUUUUCUACUUUAUACCUAGUAGAAUUAUGAGCACAAGGAUAAUGAUGGAUGGCCGUUGUUCCUUUCCAGUCCGAUUGGGGGUCCAUUAUGAGUAGCAGUUCGCCGAUGUCCAGGUAUCCGGGUCCGUUUGAGCCAUGGGGCUCAGAAGAGGGUCAGUGUCAGUUGCUCUCGAGGGAAAAGCAACUGACGAAAAAUUGCAAGUGCCGGGGCUGGGAAUCAAACCCAUGACCAUCCGCAUAUGAAGCGAACGUGUGACCAACUACGCCACGGGCCCCGGCUCGGAGACGGUGUAGUGUCUUUAUAAGAUUUUUCGAAGGACCUCGCCAAGGAAUUUUCGAUGGAAUUCCUCCAGUAAUUUCCGAACGAAGUCCUUCAGGAAUUUCCGAUGGAAUUUCUCCAGAAGUUUCCAAAGGAAUUCUUCCAGGAUUUGCGAAGGGAUUCCUCUAAAAAUUAUGGAUGGCAUUCCUCCAGAAAUUUCCAAUGGAAUUCGUCCAGCAUUUCCGAUGGAAUUCCUUCAGGAAUUUCCGAAAGAAUUCAUCUAGGAAUUCCUAAAGGAAUUUCUCCUGGAAUUUCUGAAUGAAUUCCUCCGGGAAUCUCCAAAGGAAUUCGUCCAGCAAUUUAUGAAGGAAUUCCUCCCGAAAUUUCUGAAAGAAUUCCUUCGGAGUUUCCUGGAAUCUCCGAAGGAAUUCCUCCAGGAAUUCCGCUAGGAAUUUCCGAAGGAAUUCCGCUAGGAAUUUCCGAAGGAAUUCCGCUAGGAAUUUCCGAAGGAAUUCCUGCAAGAAUUUCCAAAAAUAAUCCAAAAAAUAUUUCCGAAAAAAAUCCUCCACGACUUUCCGAAGGAAUUCCUCCGGGAAUUUUCAAUGACAUUCGUCCAGCAAUUUCCGAAGGAAUUCUUCCAGGAAUUUCCAAAAGCAUUCCUCCAGGAAGUUUGGAAUUAUUUUGUUCAUGAAUUUCGUAAGGAAUUCACCUAAGGAUUUCCUCACGAAUUUCUCUAUGGAUUUCUGAAAGAAUUCCUCCAGGAAUCUCCGAAGGUAUUCAUCCAAGAUUUUCCCAAGGAACUGCCCAAGGAAUUUCCGAAGGAACCCUUCAGGAAUUUCCGAAGGAAUUUCUUCAGGAAUUUGCGAAGGGAUUCCUCCAGGAAUUUUGGAUGGAAUUCCUUCAUGAAUUUCCAAAGGAAUUCCUCCAGGUAUUUCCGAAGGAAUACCCUCAGGAAUUUUCGAAGAUAUUCCUCCAAGAAUUUCCGAAGGAAUUCCUGCAUACAUUAAAAAAAUACAAGGAUGCAGGCGAAUUUAAUUUUUACUAGUCAAAAACAGCUCUGAUCAUCUAAGUUUUUCGGUUAAGUUAGAAUAUAGUUGCUCGGUCCCCCCCGGGUGCGCCCUUGUUUGCUUUCGUGGAUUGAUAUUUUUUUGAACAAUAUUGCUUACAAAAUAGUUGUCAAUGAAUGAAACAAGGCCAGGUCUUAUUUUUUUU